AUGGCCGAUUCUUCCCCUAAAAUUCCUGCUGAAACCCCCUCCAACGAGCGGCAAGGUCUUCGCCGCUCGAGCCGCUCAACCCGUGGCCAACUCAGCCAGAACACUUUUCUCCUACAGCACUUUGUUGUAGGAGAAGACGCAGCUCGCCCGAGUCCUGGACCUGGACGUCGCCAUGCUAUCGCAAAGCCUAAGGCUUAUAGUAAUGACGAGGCAGGUCCGCUGGCACGAUCAGCGCCCACAGCUUCCAACAAUCCACGUCGGGCUAGAGGACGAAGCCUGAGCAACAAUCUUUCCAAUCUCGGGAGUCAUGAGGAUGCACUGGCCGUAUCCGCUGAGGCGGGAGCCUUGGUAAGCCCUCGGCGAAGCAGUGUUCCAGCUGCUUGUCCUCUUCCCUCUGUUCAACAUAUUGGUGAUCGUCGCCGAAGUGCCUCUCCGCCCCAGUUGGCUCCUUCAAACAUGAGAGAUCGUAGAGAUCGUCGAGAUCCGGCCCCUCAGCAGCGGACAAUGCCAGCCUUCCCGUGGGAGCCAGCCUUUCAGUUUGGAUUUCAAUUACCUCCCCGGUACCAACCCCAGGGGCAGCAGCAGAUCCCAUUUUUUCCAAUGCCUGUGCAACCUAGUCAGAUGGCUCCGCCUCAACACUUUGAGCAGCAAACUCAAGAAUCUACCUUCGAAGCCCCCGGAAUUCCUAUGAACCUAGCGGAUUUGAUGCUCGACACACAGGCUCUAGUGAAUCCACAGACAAGUAUCCCGAAAGCUGAGGUUCCCCAGUUUGCAGAACUAGUUGACUCGUAUAACAGGAUUCACGAGGAACGUCAAGUACAGGAAGAGCGAGACCGUCUGGCUGCGCAAGACGAAAAAGACAAAGCGAAGGUGGCAGAGGCGGAAGAGCUAAACCAGGAGGAGAUGGACGCAUUGUGGGAUCAGUUCAUGGACCCUGAUGCUUUCAAAUGA